AUGACUGGAAGUGUGGGAGAGGCAGAAACCCUCAGCGCACCACCUAUAGGAAUGGCAUUAAGUGGGGUGGCUCAGAUAACUACUCAAAUCGAAAUGCUCUCCUAUGGAGUGAUUGACAUAUUGGUCCUUCCUCAAACUCUCCUCAACUACAGAAUAUUUCAGGAAGCUAGAGAGACUGUACAGAAGGAGGCAACUGUGCUGAUUGUCUAUGAUGAGGCCCAGCGACAGACACCCCGCUAUGAUGAGAAGCUGUACGCUGGGAAAGACUAUGAUGAGCCCAUCCCAGAAGAGCUGUGGAUACAGCUGAAAACUGAGCUGGAAAAACACAAUGAGGACUGCCAGCUGUUUGUCAAGCAGUUCCCAGAUUGGAGAGAUCAGACACGAGAACACAUAAAGGAACUGAAAGAAAUUGCGGCAAGCAUUGAUGAGUACCACAGAGGUGCCACCAUUGCAGCUGUUACAGGGACUUCAGCAGCAAUUGUUGGCGGGGUUCUGUCCAUUACAGGGCUGAUUGCGAGUCCUUUAACAUCAGGUACAUCGCUGGGUCUCAGCGCUAUGGGAGCGGGUAUGAGUAUAAGUGGUACUGCCGCCAAUUUUACAGCUGGAGUCACCGAGUCUGUUGGACAAUCUGUCAAACAGAAGAGAGUGGACGAAAUUGUAAAUCAAUACAAUGAAUGUUGUAAGCUAGUAUCAAGGUAUUUACACAAGAUUUGCGGUGCUAUUAAAUCCUGGAGCCAUAACCUACAGGCAGAAAUCAUGAAACACAAGUCUAGUGAAGAAAUGUCAGAGUUUCUAAACAAAACCUGCAGUGCAGUGAAGUGCAGCGAGGGAAAUGGAGAACAUUCGGUUCUUGAGGAGCCAACAGUCCUUUCAUUGUCUAACGCAACCAGACAGGUAACAUCAGCAAGCCAGAAAACUGAAACCAUUCAAGAGCUGCUUUCUGGAUCACUUCCCCUAUUGUCCACUAUUGUCAGAGUUAUAUCAGGACUUCUUACAGCACUCUUAAUAGCGACAAAUAUCUACACUAUAACAAAAAGUUCCAUAGAUCUCACAAAAGGAAGCAAGACUGAAAUUGCAAAAAAUAUGCAGAGUAUGGCUAUGAAGAUGGAAGAUGAGUUAAUGGCUUAUGAAGACAUUUAUCAAUUUCUGAAAUUCAUUUUAAGUGUUGAGUAA